UUUUAAGGGGGACUUUACAAGAAACAGUUCUAAAUAGGUUGAAUAUGUUAAGGAAAUGCCUGUAAUGAGUCUGUGUGCCGUAAGGCCUUUACCGAUCCCAGAUCAGCGAUUAUAACCAUUACCCUUCAGUGGACUGCGCUCACCCUAGCACAGCCUCACAAAUGUAUAUCCGAGUUUAUGUUCCUCCUGUCACGCUCAUCGUAUAUACUGUACACAGUCGACCAAUAGGAUGCGCGGAAUCCGGGCCUGCUGACUCCGCUCAACAAAUCAGCGUCGAUAUCGUUCAGCUCUCUCUAACGUCCGGUGAAGGUCUUUCUGAACACUCUGGCGGGAGAGGGAGCGAGCCGUUUGGCCUCUUACGGAGGAUUAACAAAAAACAAGUGAAUACCUCGUUUAUAUACGUAGUCUGUGUUUUAAAAGCACGUAUACUUAAUUAAGAACUUUUUUCUGAAUUAAACUGUCAGUGGAAUAAAAAACAAAGCGGCUCGUGGAAACAGAAUGGACGAUUACAGCCGAGACUCCCUUUAAAGACCCUGGUUGAAAGUAAAGAUCUCUCCUACAACCUUGCGAUCGAUCCGGAGGAGCCGGUUCCCUGCAUUGCAACGGUUACAUUCAACUAACUCCGCGGUGCCGAUCCAGGUGGUUGUGAACGGGAGCGGCGUGGCGUGGGACUGGGUCUUUGUAGUUCGCUGGCUCUCCCAAGAGACACGCAUUUUGUAGCCAGUUGGAGCUUGCCGAUCUGUCGCAGCGGUAAUGGCGAAGGUGCAAGUGCUAAAUGUAGCCGUUUUGGAUAACCCGAGCCCUUUCGAACCCUUCCAGUUCGAGAUCACUUUCGAGUAGGAGGAUCUGCCGGAAGACUUGGAAUGGAAGAUAAUAUAUGUAGGCUCAGCAGAAAGUGAAGAGUACGAUCAGACGUUGGACUCGGUUCUGGUGGGUCCUGUUCCUGCUGGGAGGCAUAUGUUUGUGUUUCAGGCGGAUGCCCCCAACACAGGCUUGAUUCCCGAGAGCGACGCGGUGGGAGUGACCGUUGUGCUGAUCACAUGCACCUACCGUGGGCAAGAGUUCAUCCGCAUCGGCUACUACGUCAACAAUGAAUAUACUGACCCAGAGCUGCGUGAAAACCCACCUCUAAAACCUGAUUAUGCACAGCUUCAGAGAAACAUUCUGGCCUCUAACCCACGCGUAACCCUUCACAUCAACUGGGAGGGCUGUGCCGAGCGGAUGGAGGACUCUGAGAAUGUGGACCCGCUCCCAACACCAUUGCUUCCCCCCUCCUGUCCCCCUGGGAGGCUCCGCCCCUUAGUUUGAUGCCUGACAAACUCCAUGGACUGCUUGUAAGAAAAGGCCCAUGAACCUGGUUAGACAGACAGACACACACACAAUCAGGCAUACCACAACAUCCUACCUGACCACCCCUGGCACUUAUGUUAGUAUAUUGGGGUAUUUGGUUAACUCAAAAGGAGACAAAAAAAAUGUAUACUGCAACAUCCACAUAUUCGCAGCACUUGCCAUACUUUGACCUGAAACUUUACAUGAAGGUUUCAGUCAGGCUCCUGUCAACAAGGCGAUGUGAACAGGCCUUCUCUACCUUUGGGGCUGUGACUUCUGAGGAGAACAUCUCUCUGGACUGGGACUAAAUGGGGAGAUUAAUCCCAUUGUAUUCCUAUGUACACUAAUUGCAUUAUUUUUUGUGUGUGUGUGUAAAUUUCAUCUUGUUAAAGAAGGUUUUUUUUUUUUUUGGAAUAAAACCAUCAGGAUAUUAGGAGAGAAAAUCCAAUGAGCUUUUUGUGACUGAAGCAGAAGUUUGUUAUUUUGCUCCAGAAGUUAGUAAAAAGGCUUGCGAUCUUCAGUUACACCUUCGUAUUUAUCGGAACGGUGUGACAGUUCCUGCUUUGUGUGGAAAUGCACGGUGGCGUUGAAUACUGUGGAGCAGAUGGUUGAAUACACGUGUUGGGGGGGGGGGGGGGGCAGCGCCUUGUGGUUCUGGGUAGUUUUGGCUAUGUAUGGUCACAUGGUUUGGCUGUGAGAGUUUCUGUCCAUUUGCCCUGCUCAGAAGUCAUCAUGGUACUUGGCAAAAUUUUAUUUACAACUGUUGAAAGGUCAGGACUUAUUUUGCUGUUCAUGUACAUACCUUUCUUAUAUGACAUCUGUCUUUAAAUUCUCAUUUCUUUUGUAAUUUGUUUGAAGAUUCUUUAUAAAAUUCACAUGAGGAUGAAUAAAUGCCAAUUGUUUUGUUUUCCUCCCUGCAUGUAAAGUUCUUGGUGUAGAGCUGGGUUACAGCGAGGGAGGAGCUUCUUGCUUCCUUUCUCAUUCAUAAAAAUGAGCGGCACUGCACCAUCGCAGUAGCACGGUUCACUUAACUGCCAGCAAUUCCAGUGUAAUAGGUCCGACUCAUCUGGUGUUGCUAGGCAACUGGAUCAGCUUCCAUGUGAGGAGCAGGACCGGAUUUAACACCACGUCUUCCGUCAUUAGGGCAACGCUGCUUCUCUCAUUCACAUGGUUACGAUGUUGACUCUCCUUUUCUCUCCAAAUUUGUCCAGCUGAACCACUAUAUCUUCCAUUCCCUCUCCGAUGCCGUCUUACCUCAGCAGCCAUUCUGGAGAAAUUUACAUGAAAGAUUAGCUAUGUGAUGCGAUCAGGAUUUGGAUCUGUUAUGUUGCUAAUUAACUGGUAUUAUGUUAUUACCAUGAAGUGUUUGUAAAAUAUUAAAAUGAUUUAACAUGA